UUGGUUGCUGAGAGGACGCGGACACGCGGAUUUCCGCAGAGCCCGCCCUGCGCACGCGCGCUGCCGCCACUGCGUCACGCUUGCGCGUCCCCGUUGGCCGUCAUGGCGGCCCCCGGGAACCUCCGGGGCCCGGUCCUAAAAGAUGUUGUGGCCUAUGUUGAAGUGUGGUCAGCCAAUGGGACAGAAAAUUACUCCAAGACCUUUAGGAGUCAACUUGUGGAUAUGGGGGCAAAGGUUUCAAAAACUUUUAACAAACAAGUAACUCAUGUCGUGUUCAAAGACGGGUACCAGAGCACCUGGGAAAAAGCACAGAAGAGAGGCGUGAAGCUCGUCUCAGUGCUCUGGGUUGAAAAAUGCAGGGUAGCAGGAGCGCACAUUGAUGAGUCGCUGUUCCCUGCAGCCAACACUGACCAACACCUACCAAGCCUGCUUAAAAAAAAACGCAAGUGUAUGCAGCCCAAAGAUUUUAUUCCCAAGACACCAGAAAAUGAUAAAAGACUGCAAAAGAAAUUUGAGAAAAUGGCUAAAGAGCUGCAGCAGCAGAAAACCACUCUGGGUACCAAUGUUCCUGUCCUCUUAUUUGAAUCUAAUGGCUCACUGGUGUACAGUCCGACAGGUAAAGUCUACAGGGGCCACCACAGCGCAAUGAAGAAGAGGCUGCAGGAGAUGAAGGAGAAACGGGAAAACCUUUCCCCAACCUCCUCCCAGAUGAUUGAACAGUCUGAUGAUAACACUGUGAACUCUCUGCAUGAAGCAUCUUUGAACCUUUCACAUGAUACUUUGUGUUCAGACAACUCUUCUGCCGGUGGUCUGCCCAUGUCUGCUGACGAUUCUUGUGGAGGCUCUGCAAGUGGGACCCGGGAGAGGAAGUGGGGCGAGUUCAUUACUGAGAGGGAAAGUGAUCUGUGUGCUGCGUUGCCGGUGUUGCAGACAGGCCAUGGCGGCCCCUCAGCAGCUCCCCGUCCCCUGGGUCUCUGGACUCCUCCCAGAUCCACCAGCAGUCCUCCCAAGGCAGAGAGCCCCCAGCAGAGCAGGGCUGCGGGCAGGGUUGUCACCCCUGUCUCAAAGCCAUCGCGGCCGGCGGCCCAGGGGCUGUCUGAUGGGAAGAAGCGUUUGUCUCCUGUGUCCUCUGCUACAAAAGGCCGCCCCGAGGGCCGUGCACAAGCCAUGGGCUCCUCCGUCAAGAGAAGGAAGACCCCGGAGAACUGGCCAGCCUCAGAGGAGGGGCGGAAGAGGAGGCGGUCCCUCAGGCAGCGCCCUGCAGCCUGCCUGCGGCUGUGGGAGGCGGAGAGCGGCCUGUGCUCUGUGCGGAGGCCCGCUGUCAAGAGUCUGGCCCUCGAGGAGUCCUCAUACGAUGAUUACUUUUCUCCUGACAAUCUCAAGGAGAGGGUCUCGGAGGGGCUUCUUGGGGAGCAGCUGCCCUCCAGCCCCUCUCCGCUCCGAGGUCAGAGGAGCCUUUCCAAGACCGAGAGGACCAGCCUCCUGGACAGGGCUGACCUCUCCCUCAUCGGCAGAGGCCCCAGACCCGCCGUCGGCACCUGCUCCAUGGCGAAGCCCGGCCCCUGCCUGGAGAGGCUUGCGCUCUCCGGGGCAGACGCGGGGCUGGGCGCCGGGACCUCGGGGGGCAUGCCUGCUGCUGACGGGACCCCCGGGCCCUGUGCCCAGGCCGAGGCCCAGGGUGGGGGCGAUGCCCGCCCCGCUGGGGGUGACGUUCCGCACACCCCCAGUGGACUCGUCCCCCGGAUGGGACCACAGGGAGACCCCAGCCCUCUGAAAGGAAGCAGGGAGGAGAGGAAAGAAUGCACUGACACCCAGACCAUGCAGAAAGAAGGCACGCCUCCCGAAACGAAGGAGUCUGCUGAAGCACACAGUGAGGGUGAACUGAACGCUGUAGGUGACUGUGCUGAGGAAGGAUCCACGGAGAGGGAAGCGCCAGCCCAAGGAAGUAGAGAAAGUGUGAAAAGCGGAGCAAGACACAGUGUUGUGGCCGGCUCGCAGAAAGGCUGCCAGGACCUCUGCAGACCGCGGGAGGAGUCCAGGAAGAGGGGGAGAGGCCAGAAGCCAACAAGAACAUUAGUCAUGACAAGCAUGCCAUCUGAAAAGUACAGCAUGGUGAUCCAGGUCGUGAACAGACUGAAGGGCUUCUCGGUGGCGCGGGAGGUGUGCGGCAGCACCACACACGUGCUGGCCGGGAGGCCGCGCCGCACCCUGAGCGUGCUGCUGGGCAUGGCGCGCGGCUGCUGGAUCCUGUCCUUCGAGUGGGUAUUGUGGUCUUUGGAAAUGGGUCACUGGAUUUCCGAGGAACCAUUUGAACUGUCUAACUACUUCCCUGCAGCUCCUAAACCGAGAGCCCUUGGACUGCAAGGAGAUCCACCCAGUCCAUCCUAAAGGAGAUCAGUCCUGGGUGUUCAUUGGAAGGACUGAUGCUGAAGCUGAAACUCCAGUACUUUGGCCACCUGAUGCGAAGAGCUGACUCAUUGGAAAAGACCCUGAUGCUGGGAGGGAUUGGGGGCAGGAGGAGAAGGGGAUGACAGAGGAUGAGAUGGCUGGAUGGCAUGAGUUUGAGUAAACUCCGGGAGUUGGUGAUGGACAGGGAGUCCUGGCGUGCUGCGAUUCAUGGGGUUGCAAAGAGUCGGACACGACUGAGCGACUGAACUGAACUGAACUGACUGAUGGCAGAAACCAAUACAACACUGUAGAACAAUUUUCCCCCAAUUAAAAGUUUAAAAACAAAAAAUCAAGUUACUUUUCAAAACUCUCAGUCAAUAAUGAAUUCAAUCUGUUACCCAAGGAACAGAAUUGUUUCAGUUUAGUUCUCAAAUAAAGGAAACAGUGAUCAUAAGACAGUAAGUGUGCCAUCAUUUUUGGCUGUGAGUGAAGAAUUACUUCAUUGUGUAAGUGUGUUGUUACAUGUUGUAGAUGCGUGUCCUGAUUAGAAACGAGGAAAUGCGCACACCCGGAACGUGAACAGAAUCACCCUCCUACGUCCCCACCUGAGCACGCCUAUGAAAACAGUUCCCUCUGGUCACUGUAAUCUUGGUUUUUGUAUCAGUUUUUUGAGAGCUUUUAACAUUUUAUUUCAAUAUUAACAUAACUAUUUAAUAUUAACUUUUGUUUUUACUUUAGCAUGUGCUUUAAAAAUAAACAUUGCAUCUUGGAAUGUGCGUUGGUUUACAAUAAGGUGUAGUUUUCCUGCUGUAGGCCAUUUUGCAUUGAAAUAAACUAAGUUCUCAGAGGCAAAGAGCUUGUUAAUAUCAAAAUGCCUCAGUAGUAGUUUUCCUUGGAUUAAUGUAAAAUCCUGAGGUAAAAUUUGGAGGAUUCGUGUAAGAGGAUCUUUAAGGGGCCCAGAGGGUUAAAAAAAACAAAGUCAAGGACUAUUUUAGAAGGUGAUGCCAUUUUGGUGUUUUUCUCCAAACCCUGUCCCUACGUUCCCGUCAGCUUGUGAUCCUUGCACUGUACAGUAAGAAAUGCGGCAUUUUGAAAGCCAUGCUUUUUUAUAGUUAAUAAUCACUUG